GUAUUUUACGAAUUAAAUUGUUAACUUUAGUAUUAUUUAUAUAUUUAUUUAUUUUUAAAAUGAUUAAUUUUAUAUAUUUAUGACUAUUAACGUACUAUUAAACGUAACUUUAGCUUAAAGACCAAGUAUAAUACCCGUACGUACUUUUUACGUAACUUUUUCGUACCGUAUUUUACUAACACUAUGUAAAACACCUCAACCACCACAUGUAUGCGUGCCACAAAGAAAUGCACAAUAUUAUUUAUUACACUAUUCAUGUUUUGUCUUAAAUAGAUCUCAUAUUUGUCAUUCGAAACCUAUUAUAUUUUGUUAUGCCUCCUUAGAUGCCAUUUCCAUUCCACAUAGCCAAACGGUUGUUGUUACAUAAUGCCAUGAGUUUGUAAUGAUUAGCACUUAGAUGGUGUUUGUUUAGCAAUCAUAUCAAGGUAGAACACCCAAACCGCUACUUGUAUGCAUGAAAAAAAUGUAUAUUAUUGAUCUUUUGAAACUUAAUAUUUCUUAUUUAGACUCUGAAAUUUUCAUUUGUAAGGGUCAAACGAUUAUCUUUACAUACUUUCGUGUGUUUCUAGUGAUUUACUCUGGGAUGCUUGCUAGUUAUUGGAGAGUUUGGUCCUUGCAAUAUAAGUCUCAUCUUAGACCAUUGUACCUUCCAUUUCCCACUUUUCCUAACAAAGAGGCAUUGGUCCUAUUAUUGACCUCAAAGUAGCAACAACCAAAUCCCAUUAUUUCACACUUUCCAUUCAUCCCCCAUCCCCCUCCAAAUUUGCACAUCAUUUAUAGCAAUUGGCAAAUGUUGUAGGUAAAGGCAACAAUGACUAAUCUUAUAGUACAAAUGGUCUUGCUCAAAAAAAUUAAGAAUUUGUCUAUUAUAUAAAUAAUUUCUUUGUAAGAACGAACUGAUAUCAUCUAUUAUUAAGGUUUGAACUUAACGAACAAAGUGUUUUUAUUGGUUGAUUAAUGGACACCGGCUAAUACGCAGAGAGUUGACACCAUGCCUCUGUAGUUAGGAUCGAGCUUGAGCAUAUAGUAACCUGCCCCACGAAGACUGAUCAAUUUCAUUUCCAUGAGUCGGCAUCGGAGACCAAUGGACAUAUGACACCUCAGCCAUCCCAGUCUCCACUUCAGAAAGGACAGCAAGAACCACAGAGCCACCAGUUUAAGCACUGAGAGUUGCAAAUACUACAAAAAUAGUCAAUAGGAACCCUUUCAAAAAGAUCGUUUUUUCUGCGCUCAAAUCCAAUGCUGCAAUGCCCAAAUUUCUCGCCGCCUUUUAACUUAUAGGAACCCCAUUGUUUCUCCACCACCAGAAUUAUGCAGGGCAUAACAGCAUCCGCUGCGUCUCUUUCAAUAAACCCAUCGCUUAAACCACGAAAACUUCCAUACAGAAGCCUCUCCAACCAGAGAUUCACUUGCCUUAACCAAUCGAAACCCAUUUCUCCUCGGCCGUUUCCAUGCCGGAAAUGGCUGUUCCUCGCGCCAGUCUCUCCCCCUGGAAAUGGCGGAUUCCCGGCGGUGGCGGCCAGAGCCGCCGGAGCCCUUUCGAAGAAUUCAGGGGAAGAAGACAAUGACGGCGAGAAAUUGACUGGGUUGGCUCGGACGUUGAAGUUGGGGGCCAUGUUUGGUGUCUGGUACCUUCUCAACAUCUACUUCAACAUUCUCAACAAGCAGGUUCUGAAGGUGUAUCCAUUUCCUGCAACGGUGACUGCCUUCGAAUUUGGGUGUGGGACUCUCAUGGUUCUCACAAUGUGGGGGUUGAAACUCUACCACGUCCCUAAACUCACCCGAUCUCAGCUUGCAGCAAUCAUCCCAUUGGCUCUGGCACACACAAUGGGGAACCUUCUGACCAAUGUUAGCCUUGGCAAAGUUGCUGUUUCAUUCACCCACACAAUCAAGGCCAUGGAACCAUUCUUCACUGUGCUAUUUGCUGCCAUUUUCCUUGGGGAGAAACCUACAAUUUGGGUAUUCUCUUCUCUUCUGCCCAUAGUUGGAGGAGUGGCAUUGGCAUCACUGACUGAAGCUUCCUUCAAUUGGACAGGGUUCUGCAGUGCAAUGGCCUCCAAUGUCACAAACCAGUCAAGGAAUGUACUCAGCAAGAAGCUUAUGGUUCAGAAAGAGGAAACUCUGGACAAUGUCAACCUCUUCUCAGUAAUAACAAUCAUCUCGUUUCUCCUGUUGGUCCCCUCGGCGAUCUACAUCGAAGGGAUCAAGUUCACACCCUCAUAUCUCAAGUCUGCUGCGAAUCAAGGGUUGAAUGUGAAGCAGCUCUGCUUGAGAUCUCUACUUGCUGGCUUCUGCUUCCAUAGCUACCAACAAGUGUCUUACAUGAUACUGGGGAUGGUGAAUCCUGUGAGCCAUGCAGUAGGGAAUUGUUUGAAGAGGGUUGUGGUGAUUGUGUCUUCUAUCUUCUUCUUCCACACUCCAGUCACUCCAAUCAACUCUCUGGGAACUGCAAUGGCGCUGUUAGGAGUGGGUUUGUACUCUAGAGCUAAAAGGAUAAAGCCUAAGCCCAAGGCUGUCUGAAUUGUGUAAAUUUUUUCCUCAAUUUGUUGAUAUAUCAUGAAGUUAAUGAAUGAAAAUAAUGCAUGUGAAACUUUACAGGAAUUAGUUAUGGAAAUGGUUUAUGGUAUAAAAGAAUUACAAAAAAUGUAAAGAAGAAAAUAAUAAAUUAUAACGAAUAGA